AUGGAUCGCAGGGAUGUUGGGGAAGAUUACCUCGAUGAUCCCAGCAAUAGGCGAUGCAUUGCUGCACGUCCGAUACCUUCAAAGGGAUCUUUCGAAGGCACUUCAGAUGACGAAUCAACAUUGGGAAACCUCUUGUCCGUUAUCCUUACAAGCCAAAAAAGAGCUGAUGUGGUGGCAGAAAAUGGCAAGCUGAAGGAAUGGUUUACCAAUGCAGCAAAGGAUAUGGAGAAUCCUACGGUAACGAUUUAUACCGAUGCAUCAGAUACUGGUUGGGGGAUCACAAGCAACAAAAAGGGAGAUCUCUCCCAAGAAUCCGAACUCCAUUUUCCAUUUGUACACGGACAAUGUGACAGCCCUGAAAUACAGCAGCAAGGCUGGAGGUACAGCAUCACCAAUCCUGCAAGAUUUGACCUUUGGACAUACACGAGCUUUGCCUCAAAUACAAUAUCCACAUCAAGUAUCAACAUAGCGGGUGUGGAGAACAAGGUGGCCGACAAGUUGAGUCGCAUCAAGAAACCAGUGUACGAGUACACUCUUCCUCGCAGAUUCUUCAACCACGUGACCAAGGCUUGGGGCAAGAUGAAGAUCGAUGCGUUUGCAUCAUCAGGCUGCACGCCUACCGAGGUUUUGGAGUUGGCAACCGGACAAGAAAGCUCAAACUAUCGAUGCGUUCAAACAAGUUUGGCCGAAGAAGCGAGUGAAGCAAGCGGUGAUGGUGACACCGAAUUGGCCAACUCAAUGCUGGUGGCCGAUGGUGACGGCAUUAACAACAACGAGGCCAAUGGUGUUUCAAGUCAGACGCAAUCUUUCUCUCGUCGCAUGGAAAUUAUCAACAACAAGAGGAAGGCAGAUGGGUUAACGGAAAAAGCAGCCAUUUAUCUUGAUAAUGCAAAAACGUCGACGUACACACCAACGUUAUGA